UGUCACUGUCAGUUGAUUGUCAAACUGAAUGCUUUCACUAAAUUUUCCAGCUCCUAAUCGAGAACGUACUUUAGUUUUAUAAAAAUGAAUAAUGUACUAACAUUCUCUUAAUAAUUAAAAUCAACAAUUUACUUGAGUGCAAUAUUUACAACGGAAUCAUUCACAUUGUACUAACUAAAUGCGCAUCCAGUUGCAAUCAAAAUGAAAAAGUUAUUUUCAAAAAUUGAAACAAAAAUCGACAAUACGUCUAAAGAAGUAAAUAAUUAUGUUGGAAAAGUGUUUACAGUUGGCAGACAAACUGUUACUGUCGAGGAUAUCUUGGCUGAAGGUGGAUUUGCAAUAGUCUAUUCAGUAAAAGCAAAUAAUGGGUGCAGGUAUGCUUUGAAACGAAUGUAUGUCAAUAACGAACAGGACCUCAAUGUUGCAAAACGUGAAAUUCAAAUAGCAAGCAGUUUGAGUGGACAUAAAAAUAUAAUUGGAUAUGUGGACUCAAGCCUAACAGCAACCGGAGGAGGAGUUUAUGAAGUAUUGUUGCUGAUGCCUUUUUGUCAAGAGAAUGUUUUUGGAAUGAUGAAAGCUCGGGGUAAAGCUAACUUUACCGAAAAUGAGGUGUUGACAAUUUUCUGUGAUAUAUGUGAAGCUGUCUCUCGAUUACAUCACUGCAAGACUCCUAUCAUUCAUCGUGAUUUAAAAGCUCUUGGUUGCCUACUUUAUAAAUUGUGUUUCUUCACCUUACCGUUUGGGGAAAGUACUCUAGCCAUACAAAGUGGAAAUUUUUGCAUUCCUGAUAAUUCCCGGUAUUCAAAAGGAUUACAUCAACUAAUAAGAUUUAUGUUAGAACCUGAUCCAGAUAAAAGGCCGGAUAUUUAUCAAGUUAGCUGUAUUGCUUUCCAAUUGAUUGGUAGAGAAAAUCCAGUGAAAAACUUAAUGAAAACUCCAAUUCCAACUCUGGACGAAAUACCAAUUCCACCAAUGGAAUCCGAACUGAAGAAAACUCAAAUAAAAUCGAUAAACAAAACGCCAUCAGCACCAAUAAUAGAAAGUACAAGUGUAAUGCCACGACAACGACCCAAGGGAAGUUCUGCAACUCCACUGAACCUUAGUAAUAUCCCUUUAAACAUUUGUCCUAGUCCAACAUUAACAAAAAAAUCACAAAGUCCUGUUGGAUCAAACUCACAAGGUAAUUUACCAUAUACUCCUACCUUCCCCACUACCGUUAAUUCUAAUAAUCCUAGUUUUUCUCCGAACUUUUUUUCCACCUCCGACCUACCCCAACCUCACUUAGAUUCCCUCUUUCAGUCUUCCAUUUAUCCAGAUCCAUUUCGAGAUGAUACUGCCACAGCUUCACCAACAACUGUGACGGAUGUUAGUAACGGAAAUAAAAUGGACAACUUUGUUAGUCAAGCGCCUACAAGUUUGCCAGUGAAUGUGAUAUCGUCGAUUUUGCCAGAAAAUACACUUUUCGGCUCUGGAAGUAUCAAUCAAGGAAUUUCGCUCCAAAUGAAAUCUGGUUUAACUGAAUCAACUAACGUUAUUGCAGGCAAUAGUCCAUCAGCUUCUCCAACUCUUUCUAUUCCAAAAGGCCACAGGCGGAACAUGAGCGACACGACUGCAUUCAAUAAGACUUACGCUUCAGAAACUUCUCAGUUUUUGGCUCCUUUUGAAUCAUCAAUGAAACCGCGUAGCAAUAACUCCCCAACAGAACCUGAAGAUUUAAAUAGAAUUUUGGCACCAAUGGGUACAUCAGCCUCUACAACAGACCUGAGCCAUCCAUUAGGACCUGACAGCAGAUCUCUUUCAGCUGAUGUUGCAGACUGGAAUCCUUUUGAAGAAACACCUUUUAGUCAAAUGACAGAGGACCAUAUAUUCGGUGCUGAAUUCGAUAAAAUUCGGAGGGGUAGCGGCAGCAGCUUGCAAGGCAUCAAAUCGGGGGAAAGUUUGGUCAUGUCAGUGUCAGAGGAUCCCUUCGGUAGUGCCCCAUUCAGCCUUCCUAUACGUUCUCGUGAUCGGACCCACAAAGGACUACAUUCCUCAG